AUGAAAGAUAGAGGAAAAACAAGUAUAGCGUGGGAGUAUUUUAGUGUACAGCCUGAUGAUGCAUCCAAAUGCCAGUGCUUGUUGUGUCCCAGUGUUAUUUCACGUGGCGGAAAAUCAAAAGAGGUGAAGAAGUUUUCCACUUCAGCGUUGCUAACACACUUUCGCACGAAACACCAGAAAGAAUAUGAUGAAAUGCAAAAACAAGUGGAAGAAGCCAAAAAAAGUCUCUUCAUCUUCAAUACAGCCUACUAUGAUACAGGGCCGCCGAGAGGUGGUUUCAAAGAUUCGAAAAAAUUACUUAGACGCGAAAUAUCACUUCAGUGA